AUGCACCGGAUUGAUUUAGGUCUCAUUCAGGACGCUAUAGAGCGACUAAAUUAUCAGGUUCAAAAACAGACAGAAACAGAACAGUUAAUGAGCUCACUAUUAAACGCUAAAAUAGAAACGUUAAACUCUUGUUUCCAGAAGUUGCAACCCCAGUCUAGAACUAAAAGAUGGGAAACAUUAGGUAAAAUUUGGAAGUAUGUGUCCGGCAGCCCGGACGCAGAAGAUCUACGAAUAAUUAAUAGAACUUCAAAUUUACUAAUAGAUCAGAACAAUAAACAAAUCACUACCAAUCACAUCUUCGAAAAUAGAAUCAAUAAUAUAUCAAACAAUAUUGUAAUGACACUUAGAAAUUUUGAUGUAACAGCUAAAGAAACACGCACUUAUUUCGAUUCAUUGAACCUUCUGUUCAACAUUGACGAGCUCAUUAAACAUUUAGAAUACAUAGAAGAAGCUAUAGAUUUGGCCAGGCAAAGUAUUCCUAGCAGUCGGCUCAUUAGCUACCAAGAGAUGAAGACAGCAAAGCAGAUCCUUCUUCGAAGCGGACUAGAAACAACAAUCGUAGAAAAUGUUCUGGACAUCUCGAGCGCCUACGUCAUGUACAGUAAAGAAACCAUCAUAUACAUACUGAAAAUACCCAAAAUAAAAAACGCGGAGUACACUAUGAACUUCGUGGAAUCAAUAAUUUCCAACCAAACAAGAAUUCAUCUAACAUCAACCUAUUACCUGAACGGUCCAAUAGUAUAUAGUACAAAAUCACAAUGCCCCAAAUACAAACACAUUUAUAUCUGUCCAAGCUCACAACUGGAGCCAGUGGUAGAAUGUGUGCAACAAAUAAUUAAAGGUGAAAACGCACAAUGUCCUACAGAACGAGUGUACAACAGUAAAACCAUCAGAAAAAUCAACGAAGGAAAUAUACUGGUAAACGAUGCGAAUGUAGUGCUAACAUCCAACUGCUCCAAUCAUCAACGAGAACUGAAAGGCACAUUCCUCAUACAAUUUUCCAGUUGUAUGCUAAAACUAGACGGGGAAGAGUUCUCCAACAGUAAUCUAGAAAUUUCGGCAAAGUCAUUCAUACCGACCACUGGAGUGAAGAAAAUCUCCACUGGAACCUCAAAACUUUUGGAUGGUUAUCAUUUGGCGGCAUAUCAUCUAUAUCUAUAAGCCUAAUCAUAUUCAUUGCAGUAUGGGCCCUCAAAGUAAUCAUCGCUCGCAGGUCAGCACUAGUAAUUCUACAAGAUGGGAACAGAGAAGAUACGAGUUCAGCACAUGCAACAACAGGCGGACAUCCCGAGGUGCCAUUCAUACAACAGGAAUAACACAGAUUUGGAAACAGAACGCUGAGGACAGCUUUUCUUCAAAAAGGGGAGCCGUUAGGAAACACUGCCGACCAACUACAGCGAGCCACGAGUACACGCCGUUAGAAUCGCAUAGUUAGCAGUUUUUACAUUAUAAAAGGUAGCUGAGCCACGCGCUCAUCCUCUUUCUCUGCCGAGUGUUCGU